AGGCACCGAGGGAAAGGGGGGUGUUUUUCGUGGGGGUAAGGGGGAUGGUUCAAGGGUGAAAGUCAGUUUAACUACCAUGGGAUGAGAUGAGCGUCGAGGUGCGCUUUCCCACUUCCCUCCGCGUAGCACGUUCUUUGUUCUUUGGUAGGACCCGGGCUGGUGAUUGCAUGCAUGCACGUUUCAACCUGCGUAAUCUAACUGGAACAAGAACAACGUGCAUCGUCUCACAGCGAAAUCUAUAAGCAUGGCGUCGCCAUUCCACAACACCGACGACAACACCAACGGCAACACCACCGCCGCCAGCACCGAUGCCACCAAGAAACUCGUCGUAGUGGUGGGAGCGACCGGUAACCAGGGCGGCUCCGUGGCCCGGCGCUUUGUCCAAGACUCUCGGUACGCAGUCCGCGGCCUGACGCGCGACUCCACGUCUGCGGCGGCCAAGGAACUUGCGGCACUCGGGGUGGAGGUGGUGCGCGCCGAUCUCGACGACGUCGAUUCGCUCAAGGCGGCCUUCACGGGCGCCAACAUCAUUUUCAGCGUCACCAACUACUGGGAGCCCUUCUUCCGGCCCGACUGCCGGGCCAAAGCAGAGGAGCUCGGCAUCACCUGCAGACGGUAUGCCUAUGAUGUCGAGUACCGACAGGGGAAGAACAUUGCCGACGCCGCGGCGACGGUCGUGGACUCCCUGGAGGAGAACGGUCUCCUGGCGUCAACGCUGAGCCACGCUGGCAAGUGCAGCAACGGCAAGUUCAAGGACUUGUACCACUACGAUGCGAAGGCCGAUAUCUUCCCGGACUACGUUGCGGCGGCGCAUCCCCAGCUGGCAGCGAAGAUGUCCUGCAUCCACACGGGCUUCUUCACGACGAGCCACCGCAUCCUGCCGGAGGGAUAUUUCAGAAAGCUCGACGACGGUACCUUUGAGACGUGCUUUCCCUGCAACCCAGACAAGCUCAUCCCGCACCUGGACGUCAACGCGGACACGGGCAACUUUGUCUACGCCGUGCACCAGAUGCCCCCGGGCAAGGACUACAUGGCCGGCGAGUACCUCAGCUGGUCCGACUUCACAAAGGUCUGGGCCAAGGUUACGGGCGCCACCAUUCGCUAUAGGGAGAUCAGCUUCGACGAAAUGGUGAACCAGGUGGCCGAGCGGGACCGAGAUCUCGGCGUCGAGAUUGCUUUGAUGUUCGACUACAGCUCGGAGCCGGGCUAUGACGGCGGAAUGGACGUCUUGAAGGCCGAAGACCUGCGCAAGGCGGGUAUUGAUUGCCCCAUGCUGACCGUGGAGGAGUCUUUGGCACGGCAAGAGUGGUCGGCGGUGUUGAGCAGGUGAAUGGUCAGGCACUUCAGAAAGUACGUUAAGUAGGUAGCGGGUAGUAGCUUCCGGCAUUGAUAUUUCUAAGCCAAGUUUAAGUACCGGGUUGUUCUGGCUCAUGGGGGCAUCGUUCCUACUCGA